ACGAGGCAAAGCUUCUACCGCAGGCCUUUGCCAGAUUCUUGCACUGCCUUCUCCUCUAAAAAUGGACGCUUAAUCUUCAGCUCAGCGUUGGCUUCGAAAGGCCUCAAAUCUUUUUUCCCGCUAAUGGAGCAAUACUCGACACAAUCGGAACCCGCUUACUGCGGUAUAAGCACCCUUGUCAUCGCUUUGAAUGCCUUCGCGAUUGACCCCCGGCAGACAUGGAAGGGACCAUGGAGGUGGUAUGAGGAAUCGAUGCUCAACUGCUGCUUGGAUCUAGAAGAAGCAAAACAGAAAGGUGUGACACUAAAGGCUUUUUCGUGCCUUGCCGUCUGCCAGGGUAUUCAAGCGUCAGUUUACUAUACCGAGGAAGAAAGAGUGUCCGAGAACCAUUUUCGGGAGACUAUUAAAGCUGCUUGCGUUGAAUCAGAAGGUGAUGGAGACGGUCUUCGGGACGUUGUUGUAGUAUCGUAUACUCGCAAAACACUUGGGCAAACUGGAACUGGGCAUUUUUCUCCUAUCGCUGCAUUCGACAGCGUUUCCGACUCAGUUUUGAUUUUGGAUACUGCUCGGUUCAAAUACGGAGCGCAUUGGGUUCCUUUGUCUUUAUUAUACGAAGCUAUGCAACCUGUGGACCCCGAUACUGGUCGCUCUAGAGGUUACGUUUUGCUAUCAAACGAAAAA